UUACCAUUUUUCCAUACCAAAAUCACUCAAAAAGUAGUUAUGAUUAGGUAGUUUCGCACCAAUUUAACUGCAUUCCUGUCUUGUUUAUAAAGACUACAUCAACUAUCUUAUCAACCACCAAGGGCUUCCCACCAUGUCUUUUUUCUGGUUCUCUAGCUUGGUCCGUUUGCACUUCACAUGUCCUAUGGUAACCUAUGCCGCCACUUGGAUAACACUUCUAACGUUGACGGCGGCAGUGGCUUCUAUCUCACCGCAGGUGGCGUUUGUGUCCGCCAUAUCCCCCUCCUCUUCGUUCUCUCAGAAGUGCAGCAGUGAUGGGUCCAUUAGAAUGCCCUUGGAUGUUCCAGGAAACAUCCUGUGUUUUCCUCCUCACAUGUUCGUGAAGUCCAGGAUUGACCUAAUCGUUCCACCCGUCUUUGCCGCAGCCAUUGUAGCGGCUUCUGCUUGCGUGGUGCGAGCUGCGGGCUUGUGGGAGCAUGAUUAAACUCGUUGAGAUGCAAGCUAACUGGGUGUUCCUCUUAGAAUCAGAUCAUAAUUCGAGAUGGAUCAUAUCUAUCUGACACAAAAGAAUUAACAAAAUUCGAUUGUGUCACCUGAAAUUUUACCCAGAUCACAGGUUUUGA